GUCUUGGCUUUUGGGUAUUUUUUUUAGCAAUCCCAGGUGGAAUCUCACACCAAAAGGCACCAUGAUAGUGAUGACUGACAUCACAGCAGCCCCCAGGCUGGGGUCCACUGCCACCACUCCAGCUGUGGCUCCCAACUUCUCCUGGAUGCCGGAGGAUGGCAGACCCACAGCUGUGGAGCAGCCAAUAUUCCUCAUGACCACCGCUGCUCAGGCCAUCUCAGGUUUCUUCGUGUGGACAGCUUUGCUCAUCACCUGCCAUCAGAUCUACAUGCACCUCCGCUGCUAUAGCUGCCCAAAUGAACAGCGCUAUAUUGUUCGAAUCCUCUUCAUUGUGCCCAUUUACGCCUUCGACUCGUGGCUCAGUCUCCUGUUCUUCACCAAUGACCAGUACUAUGUUUACUUUGGCACAGUCCGGGACUGCUAUGAAGCCUUUGUAAUAUACAACUUUCUCAGCCUCUGCUAUGAGUACCUGGGAGGGGAGAGCUCCAUCAUGUCUGAGAUCAGAGGGAAACCAAUUGAGUCCAGCUGUGUAUAUGGGACUUGCUGCCUGUGGGGAAAGACCUAUUCUAUUGGAUUCCUGAGAUUCUGCAAACAGGCUACCCUGCAGUUUUGUGUGGUGAAGCCCCUCAUGGCGAUCAGCACAGUCAUCCUUCAGGCCUUUGGCAAGUACCAGGAUGGUGACUUUGAUGUAACCAGCGGCUACCUCUACGUGACGAUCAUCUACAACAUCUCUGUCAGCCUGGCGCUGUAUGCCCUCUUCCUUUUCUACUUUGCCACGCGUGAGCUGCUCAGCCCCUAUAGCCCAGUCCUCAAGUUCUUCAUGGUGAAGUCUGUCAUCUUCCUGUCCUUCUGGCAAGGGAUGCUCUUGGCCAUCCUGGAAAAAUGUGGUGCCAUCCCCAAAAUCCACUCUGCCAACGUGUCCGUGGGUGAAGGCACCGUAGCUGCUGGGUAUCAGGACUUCAUCAUUUGUGUGGAGAUGUUCUUUGCGGCCAUCGCCCUGCGCCAUGCCUUCACAUACAAGGUGUAUGCAGACAAGAGACUUGAUGCACAAGCCGUUCCAUCAUAUGGGCCAUACGGUCGCUGUGCUCCCAUGAAGAGCAUCUCCAGCAGCCUCAAGGAGACCAUGAACCCUCAUGACAUUGUUCAAGAUGCGAUCCACAACUUCUCCCCAGCCUACCAGCAGUACACCCAGCAGUCAACACUGGAGCAUGGCCCACCCUGGCGCAAUGGUGGUCACGUCAUCUCACGCUCCCACAGCUGCUCAGGUGCCCGUGACAAUGAGAAGACCCUCCUGCUGAGCUCUGAUGAUGAGUUCUAGGAGGGGGAACUGCCAGUGCAGGCUGGAAUUUUCCCUCUUUUGUUGUUGUUAGGUUUUUUUUUUUUUAAUUUAUUGAAGCAGAAACACACAAGUCAUAUCACUUCCUAGAGAAUGCAGAUUGCAGAAGUGGGCACUUCCCAUUAGCUUUUGUGGAUAUGGACACAAUGAGCAGUGUGGAGGUGGGGGAAUGGCCAGGAAUCCUGUCUCACAGCCCAUUUCCUACAGCAGUUGACUGGAAUUGGUUGAAGCGAAGGGCUGUGGCCCCCCAUACCCGCCCAGCUCAGUGCGGAGCGUGACUGGCCAGAGUCUAGAGUUGUGGCGAAACAUUAUUUUUUUUUCCAACUGGACAACAUGACUGCUUUGUAUUCCUCUUUUUGAAUGGCUGAUGUAGGCACAGUUUGCUCCCCCAGCUCCCUGGUACUAACUUCACUGUGAUCCUUGGGAUUAGGAUGCAGUGAAAAGAAUCCCUGAGGAUCAGAGCAGACAUUGGUCUCUCUGUAGCCAAUGCCUUGAAUGCUUACUAAGGAACAUCUGUCACCCCUUAAGCACCUAAUUGUGCAGUCCUGUACUUGAGUGAGUGAGGGGGCAAAGGACAGGAAUUUUCUCCUCUUCCUUUCACCCACAUUCCCUGUCUGAAGCUGGUGCUCAUUGAAGCUCAGUGGGGGUGGAAUUACUGUCUUAGGCUGUGGGGGUUUUCUAAUUACCAGGUAUCCAAGUUUCCCAUCUUCCUUGUGUUCCUGCAGUGAGAUACCUCUGUGGAGCAUCUUUCUCCUGCUAAGGAGGCUGAGGAUUGGCCAUGAUAGGUGGUAGAAGUACAAUAUGAAGUUUGUACAGCUCUGGCCCUUUGGUCCCUCCUGGGGGAAGGGAGAUAUGUAAGCGAUUAAGACGUUCUCUCUUCUUGUUCCCUGCCCCCUACCAAUACAUCUGCCCCUCUUGAAAGUUGUGGAUUCCACCGCUACUGCCAGAGCAUAGCCCCAUCUUUCUGCAGACAGCCCUCCUCAGGCUCGUCAUCGCUGACUUCCCAUGUGAGCUGCACAAGUGUUGCCCUUAGGCUGGAGGAUUCAGAAAGGGACGUUGCACACUCCCUCUUGCUUUUUAUCUCUGUUGUUGUUCCAGGCCAAACUGGAGCAGAUUUGAAACCUGACACAACUUGGCUGGUUAAAAUUGUCCCUUAUGAUUUCGCAAGCAGCAGUUGCUGCUGCUGCACACUUUACAGACCCA